AUGCAGACUGCUUCUACAAAUAUUUGAAAAACUGUGCAAUAAGUCCAUCUGUGAAAUUUCCUUGCUGCUAAAUAUUCCAUGGUCAACUAUUAGUGGUUUUAUAACAAAGUAGAAGCAACUGGGAACAACAGAAACGCAGCCACAAAGUGGUAGGCCACGUAAAAUUACAGAGUGAGGUCAGCGCAUGCUGAAGCACACAGUGCACAGAAGUCACCAACUGUUUGCAGAGUCAGUAGCUAAAGACCUCCAAACUUCAUGUGGCCUUCAGAUUAGCACAACAACACUGCAUAGAGAGCUUCAUGAAAUGGGUUUCCAUGGCCGAGCAGCUGCAUCUAAGCCUUUCAUCACCAAAUGUAUUGGAAAGCAUUGGAUGCAGUAGCGUAAAGCACGCUGCAACUGGACUCUAG